GCGGAGCCGGGCGGCGGCGUGACGGCCGGAGCUCCGCGGCCCCGCCGGUGACAGCCGAGAGCUGCUCUCGGGAGUCGCCCCCUCCUGCCCCGGACCCCUCUCCCCGCGGGGUGACGGCCCAGUGGCCUCCCCGCCGCGCACGCCCCCGCUGCCCGCCGGCGCGGCUCUCUCCCCGCGGGCGGCGGACCGGACUCUCGCCGCCGCCGCUUCCCUCCUCCCCUCGCCGGCGGAGGAAGGAGGCGGCCGCCGGCCCUCCCCGACCGCGCAUGCGGCUGUGCCGGGCCGGGGCAGCGCUGCCGCGCUCGGGGGCUGAGGUGUGGGUGUCCCUGUGCCCGGCCCCGUCCCCUGCUCCCCCGCGGGCCCCCGGCAGCGCCCCAGCAGAUGGGCUUGGGCUGGAGCACCGCGGAGGAGCGGCGGCCCCUCCUGCCGCCGCCGCCGCCGCAGGCGCGGCCGCAGGCGCGGGGGCCGGCGGGGGGCCCGGCGGGGCGGCUGCCGCCGCUGUCGGGCCGCGUGUACGGGCGGCGGUGGCUGGUGCUGCUGCUGUUCUCGCUGCUGGGCUUCGCGCAGGGCCUGGUGUGGAACACCUGGGGCCCCAUCCAGAACUCGGCCCGCCUGGCCUUCGGCUUCAGCGGCUGGGACAUCGCCCUACUCGUCUUCUGGGGGCCCAUCGGCUUCGCGCCCUGCUUCUUCUUCAUGUGGCUCAUGGACAAGAAGGGUCUGAGGGUAACUGUGUUACUAACUUCAUCCCUCAUGGUGUUGGGAGCUGGCCUCAGAUGUAUUCCAGUCUCAGACCUAGAAAUUAGGAAGAAGCUGAUUCACGGAGGGCAGCUGUUAAAUGGCUUGGCGGGGCCAACCGUGAUGAAUGCGGCACCAUUUCUUUCCACAACGUGGUUUUCUCCGGACGAACGUGCCACAGCGACAGCCAUCGCCUCGCUGCUCAAUUACCUGGGCUCUGCUGGCGCCUUCCUGGUGGGGCCUCUGGUGGUGCCAUCUCCUAAUGGGACAGCUCACCUCCUGCUGGCAUCGCAGAGCAGCACCGAGCACAUCAAGGACCGCAUCGAGGCUGUGCUGUAUGCAGAAUUUGGAAUGGUUUCCCUGAUAUUUUCCGCAGCGUUGGCCUACUUCCCCUCGCGCCCUCCAUUCCCUCCCAGCGUCGCUGCAGCGAGUCAGCGGCUCAGCUACAGGAGAAGUUUUUGCAGACUGUUAAGCAAUUUCCGAUUCUUGAUGAUUGCUUUAGCCUAUGCUAUACCACUGGGUGUUUUCUCUGGCUGGUCUGGUGUUCUGGAUUUGAUAUUAACGCCUGUUCACGUAAGCCAAGUAGAUGCAGGUUGGAUUGGAUUUUGGUCUAUAGUUGGAGGUUGCGUUGUUGGCAUAGCAAUGGCAAGGUUUGCAGAUUUUAUCAGGGGCAUGCUGAAGUUUAUACUGCUGCUGCUUUUAUCUGGAGCAACAUUAGCAUCAACCUGGUUUACUCUCACCUGUCUAACUAGUGUCACUCAUCUGCCUUUAACCACAGCUACGCUGUACACAUCCUGCAUUUUGUUGGGUAUAUUCCUCAACAGCAGCGUACCAAUAUUCUUUGAGCUCUUUGUGGAGACAGUCUACCCUGUUCCAGAAGGAAUUAGCUGUGGAGUUGUCACCUUUUUGAGUAAUGUGUUUAUGGGAGUGCUUUUGUUUUUCCUCACAUUUUACCAUACAGAGUUUUCCUGGUUCAACUGGUGCCUGCCAGGAUCGUGUCUGCUCAGCCUGCUCCUCAUCCUGUGCUUCCGCGAAUCCUACGACAGACUCUAUCUCGACGUUGUCGUCUCUGUGUGAUAACGCCAGACUGGUGAGGGGUUGGAAGAGACUGGAAGUCAGCUUUGCAGUCUGCACAUCUGCCUGGAUUUGCACAGCUGGACAGCAGAAACACAAAGAAAUUACAAGACUUAAUCGUGGCUUUAUUUAGAGAGGGUGAGGGACGGGUUGUUCUUAUGUUCAAGACCACCUUGAUUUGCUGUAAAUGUGGAACUUGAGUGGUGAUAAUGAUGCCAAAAUGCACAAAGAGAAUAUAUCUGCUGUUCAGGUCCCAGUGCCAGAGCUGGGGCUCUCUAUUUAAGGGGCUGUUGAUGUGUUGCAGUGAGGUGUAUGUUUUGUGUGUGUGUGUGCCUGUGUGCUGACUUACGGUUAUAUGCACCAGGGUACCAGUAAUCUUUGGAGUCUUCUAUCAGAAUAGAAAUAAGAAAUAAUCUUAACAAAAGGAAAAAGAGAAAGGAAAAAAAAUCUUUUCUUUAAGAUCUCUUCUAAGUCACUAGUCAUUUAUAUAUUGAAUGUCCAUUAAACAGUACACUACAUUUACAUUCUAAUAAAGUGAUUUCUGAUAUAAGACACUGGUACCAGGGUUUUUAGCCAUACUAAAUAUCCCAAAUAAUCCUUGCAGUGUUGUUAGAGGUGUUUGUAAUCACCCUGGAGCACAAGUAAACAAUAGCUUUAGCUGCCACUGAAUCCCAACUUGCACCCACAGUCAUCUCUGAAAUACCACUGUGGUUCCAUAUCUCCUGAAUAUGGAACAUUUGUGGUGUACUGGAGAGUCACUCUUGCUAAAUGUUGUUUUAAAAGCCACACUGUGUCACCUUUCCAUCCCCUGUCUCCAGUACUGCCUUUUUUACUGUGAAGACCUGUUUGUGACACUGAAUACUGUGGAUGUGGAUGUCUGAGUCCCGCUAGUUCUCUUCUGAUACUCUAAGGUGUGUGUGGAUUUUAGAAAUAGUUAAUGAUUGAGGGUGCCUAAACAAUAUUGUUUGUAACCCAAGUCUUGAGAAACCACUGUUUCCUAAAAAAAAAAAAAUCUUUCUAGUUGAUGAGGUGUGCUGAUAGCGAAAUGACAAUGAGAAAUAACUCAUGAGUUCUGGCAUAAUAUGGGAAAUUAAUGCCAGCUCUUUUUAUCAAUACUAAUCUGUGGUCAUUCUGGCCCUUACUUGAACAUAAAUAUUAAAGACACUUUGAAUAGUUUUUUAAAUCAAUUUUUAAACCUGCUAAUAAUUUCUUAAUUAUAUUCUUAGAUUUCAGUUCAGCAUCAUUUACAAUAUUUCCGUGUGUGUGUGUUCCGUGCUUUAUUGUUACGGGGGUAUGUUCGUGUGUGUGUGCGUGCAUAUUUAUAUCUAUGUAUACACAAAUAAAACUUAUAUAUAUAACAUAUAUAUAUAAGUUAUAUAAGGGUAUGUGUUUACAUAGGUUUAUUUUAAGUGAUCCUGUCUGGGGAUGGUGGUUUGCCUGUUUGUAACUAAGCCAGUCACUGCUGUGAAUGGAAACACGAGCAUACGCUGUCUGCGACAUGAAUUUUUUUGGGGGGGCGAAUGAUUUCCUGUCGUGGCAGCUUUAUCACAGGGGGUGGGUGCACGUGUUGGAGGAGCCUGGUGUGCAGGAUUCUGUGUCUGCAGAAGUCUGAAUCAAGCACCCUCUGCUCCAGUGUGGCGCUCUUCUCUGUGGCCCUGGGGUGACACCAACGCUGUAAGCUCACUCAAAUAAACCCUGAACUGAGCGCUACUUUUCAGACACAAAUCUGUUCGUUCUGCCUGCUCUCCUUUUGCAGAGAGAAUAUGCCACUAAGACCUUUAACUCAGGAGUGUGUCUGUGCAGUAAAAUAAAACGAGCUGUUCUCUGCUUUUAUGUUUUCAGACCAAUGGAUAUAUUUACUGAGUAACUGAAAAUGGAUUUAGCUCAUUACCUUUAUCAGCUACUAAAUGAUCUUUUCUGUCUUGAAGCAGACUCUUUGUGGAAACGGAGCUAACCUACAUGGGGAUUACUAAAUCAGUCUAAACAGCAUGUUCAGAUCCACUGGCAUCAUCCUCUUACUGUUUUUUGGAUGAAUGGUAUUAACUAUCCAACUUCUUUUUACUAUGUUUUAGUGCCUGGAAUAGUUUCAGUAUCCAGUAGUUGCUGCUACCUAUUGUCUUCUGAAACCAAGGAUCGCUUGCCAAGAGUCUGAUUGGAGUUGCAUUGUCAUGGCAGAACUGCAAGCUUGGAUGGCUCUUCAGAGCUCUGUUUCUGCAAUUUACUGUAGCUAUAUUAAGAUUAAAAUUGCACAGCUCAGGCACUGUCCCGAGUGACAGAGAUUUCUAAUCCUUUCACUGUCCUGACUAUUUUAAGAUGGAGAAGCACUUCAGGCAGUGUUCAGACUAUAACCUAUUCUGCCUCUGUUCCAGAAAGCAUCAAACAGUUCAAAAUAAUUGUCAGUGCUGCCAGAUGCAGGCUCUCCUUAGUCGGGGGAGAAGAGUGAACCUCUUGUUUUAAACCUCGGUGAUUGUUUUUCUGAGUCAGUGUGAAUUGCUCACUGCAAUCCCAGUGCUUUGGUAGAUGUUUCUCUGUGUGAGGGGUUGAUCGUGACUGGAUGCCACGUGCUCAACAAAGCCACUCUGUCAUUGCCCUCCUCAUCUGGGCAGGGCAGAGAAAAUAUAACCAAGAGCUCGAGUUGAGAUAAGGACGAGAGAUCACUUACCAUUUACCAUCACAGGCAAAACAGACUUUUGGGGAAAUUAGUUUAUUUAUUAGCAAUCAGAUCACAAUAGAAUAAUGAGAAAUAAACCAAAUCUUAAAAACACCUUCCCCCCACCCCUCUCUUCUCUCUGGGCUUAACUUCACUUGUGGUUUUCUCUCCCUUCUCCCCCCAGAGGCGCAGGGGGACAGGGAAUGGAGAAUGUGGUUAGAUCAUCACACAGUCUCAUCCCUUGAGGAGGACUCCUCACACUCUUCCAAAGCUCCAGCACGGGAUCCCUCCCAGAGGAGACAGUCUGCCAUGAAUUUCACCAAUGUGGAUCCCUCCCAAAGGGUGCAGACCUUCGGGAACAGUCCUGCUGACAAAGCUGCUCCAGCAUGGGCUCCUCUCUCUGUGGUGCCACAGAUCCUGCCAGGAGUCUGCUCCAGCACAGGCUUCCUGCAGGGUCACUGCCUCCUUCAGGCAUCCAUCUGCUCUGGCAUGGGGUUCUUCACAGGCUGCAGGUGGAUCUCUGAUCCCCCAUGGACAUCCAUGGGCUCUAGGGGCACAGCUGCUUCCCAGUGGUCUUCACCAUGGGCUGCAGGGGAAUCUCUGCUCCAGUGCCUGGAGCACCUCCUGCCCCUUCUGCACUGACUUGGGUACCUGGAAAGCUGUUCCUCUCACACACUCAGUCAUCUCUCCAGCUGCAAUUGAAGUUGUGCAGUAACUACUUUCCCCUUCUUAUAUCUGUUAUUCCAGAGGCUCUGCCACUGUAAGGAUUUUAUUUUAUUAGCAAGUCUGGCUCAGGACAGGUGAGGAUUGUAGAUGUGCUUGCUGAGAUCUCAGAAAAAUAUUUUAUCCCCAUCUGUGCCCCAUAGCAGCAUCCUUCAGUGGAGGAGCAGUCCAUUUCAUGUCAGUAACCCAACUCAACCCAUAGGAAUAUUUUUGGAUAAGUGUUAUCACUUGGUCCACCCUUGUCUGGAUUUACAAAGGGUGCAAGCUGCCAGGAUGACUGCAUUUUGAUAGAAGUUUGAGUUUGAGAGCUCAGGGAGAACCCUAAACAGUGCUUAUACAAUUAGCAAUAGUGCAGAAUAGACUCAAAACAGUUAAUGUUUUAAUAAUGAGUGAAAGUUCAAAGUCUCUCUAACUUUUGAACCAGUAAUGAUGUUGGCUGCUGUGUGGCUUGUGACUUGCCAGCAGAGGAAGGCGCCCUGGGGAGCCAAAGUAUUUGCCCCUCUUCGUGGCCCAUAAGUUCACAGCCCUGAAGAACAUUUUCCCCAGCAGUGCUGGGCCCCUUAACCACAGGUAAAUGUGUUAUGGUUUGUGUUGGAAAUGCUGGGAAGGAUGCUCCAUAGUGACCACUCUCUCUUAGUAGUUCAUUUUAAAUAUGGGCUGCUCCUCUAGUUUCUGUUUGGAUCGGUAACACUCUGGGUUCAGCUUCCAGUGCUGCUGGUUUUUCUUCUCCUGAGCUGCAGAGCAGUGCUGGCUUCCAUGCUGCUCAUGAGGAGGCUCAGGAUUAGAAUAUGUAGGCUCCACUUGCAGCACUGGUUACUGUCUCUGGUUACUGCUGUUACCAUUAAUUCCUCUUGAUUCCUUCACCUUCCCCUGUGGCUGCCUGCUCCCCUGAGCUGGAGGUGUGGAGAAGAGCUUCCGUGCUCCCAGGCCAAUUCUAGAGGGAUGGGUUGGCUGGCCAUGUGCUUAAUAUACAUAAAAGUAGGGAUUUUUUAGAAAAUCAUGCCAGCAGGAAGAAAGUGCAGACCCAAAGGAUUCUGCAAAUAUUGUGAACUAAUAAUCUGUUACAAAAAGACUGUAAUUUGCCUGAAACUUGUAAUUUUAGCUCCCACACCUAGAGAGACCAAGGUGCUAGACACUGUGUGUGUUAGGUAUUCAGGCUCACAGCAUCCUGGAGUUACUCUCAACUGUCUGACAGAGCUGAAAUGAGUGGAAGUGGGAUGUCUUCAAUCUUGGAGUGGGUUGGAAAACCCCAGGCUGUGUCAGUGUUUGCAGUGGUAACCUGGGGAGAACAACAGGCUGGUGGAUUGAGUAAGGGGAGGGGCCUGGUUCCAGGAGGCAUCUCAACAGUGAAAUAGUAUGUUGAGUUGAUCAUAUAAAAUUCGAAGGUUUGAAGUGAUGAGGAUGUUAAUGCCUGGCUUGUUCUACAGUAAACUGAGCAAGUGACUGGGUAGCCUUGCGCUGCAACAUAAACAAGCAGAAUUGAUUGAUGUGCAUAUAUUAGCUGUUACAAGAAAGAGAAAUGCAAUUUAAUUGUGAGCAGUGACUGAAAUAUGAAUGGGAAUUACACAGUUUGCACAGUAGAUGUAACUGCUCUGUAAUGCUGUGACAGCAGGGCUUUAAUUGUUCAUUUCUCCUGUUGGGUCACCUGCAAAUAUUAGUAAGUAUCUAUGACAAAGGCAUUUUUAUGCUUGGGGAGUUUUCUUUUAUACUAAGUAUGGACCAUUGUAAUAACUUAGCAGGACAACUACUACAUUGGUAUAGAACUCUACAUGAAUAUUUGGUAUUGAUUUAGUAUUUGAUGUUGGUGCCACCAAUUCUUAGUGUUCUUGAAGGACCACAUGGGAGAGCUGGGAUGUGGGGUAUGCAAGGAGGCCACCGCGUGCAUGGAUGCACAGUCGUGCAAGGGUAGAUGCUGACCCUGCCAAAACACACAAGAACUUCAUAGUCUGUGGAUCCCAACAUCGGGGCUGGGAGGAAGAGGAGGGGAACAUGCGCAGGCAGAAAUGCUGCCUCAUGGCUGCUGCCUCCUGACAGACAGACAGACAGACAGCCUGCAGGCUCACUGCUUCAGGUGUGAGGGAUCAUAGCUAUCCACAGAGGCCCCAGUCAUUUCCCUGCAACAAUUACUGCUGUGAGGUGGGUUGUGAGUGGCACAGGAAUACCUGCCUUGCUCCCUCCAGGAGUGUCAGUUCAACCAGCAGAGGAGAACUGUCACAGAGCAGGCACAGCCCCAGUGGAGUCAGAAGAAGAUGUCAAUCUGCUCACAAUUUUUGCAGUUUGUGUUUCAAGACAGAUGAAACCAAUAAAUAGAGGAAGAAAUGUAACUCUGUCCAAAGUUUUGACAAGCAAAAGCAAAUAUUUGCACAGAUGUGCUGGCUCCUGCCUAUUACUUGGGAUCACAACGUGUUUGGAGCAAUUCGCGCCCCCCCAGCUCUGGAGUGUGGACCUGUUUCUGCAGCCCCAGCACCACUUCUUCACUGCUCAGUCCCAGCAGCACUGCAGGAAACUUUGUGCCCAGGCUGGGGGGCAGCAACCAGGGCAGAGUGGGAGAAGGGAAGCGCUGAGCCAGGAUGCCCAGGAGGUGUGAUGCUGGUGGGCGCCUGGCUUAUUUGCACAGGAGGGGUGUCUUCUGAAGCCCAAUUAAGAGUCUCAUUUUUUACUUCCUCAAGGAUGAGUUUCUGAUGUUUGUUUUCUAUUUGUGAUGUGAUUUGUGUGCAGGGACAGCUAUAGUGAUGGCACAUGGCUUGGAGUCACUGAUUUUCCAAGGUGUGCAGAUUUGCUCUCUGCAAUAACUGCUGCCUACAUAGUCUCUCUCCCCACUGGCUUCCUCCAUGUGAUUUAUCCACUUGUUAACAUCUGGACAGACUCACUGCACUCACUUUGUAUUGCUACAUGAAGAAAAUAUCAUCAGCAAAACCUUUUUGCUUUUUGGGGAGCUUUUCCCUUCAGGCUGAGGCCACUUCUCCAACCUUAGUCCACCUCUUUGUAAAAGCCAAAACAACCCAAGCCCAUGUUUUCCUUUGCAGAGGGGGAUGUGCAGGUUUGUGUGACACUGGGGUGGAUAGUGAGAGCCUGGGCACUGCACUUGAUCUGUCACAGAGCUGCUCAGAGCCUUGGGGAAGAGCUGUUUGUGCAUGGGGGGCUUUGCUCUCCCCACCUGUAAUGGGAUGGGGAUGCCACAUGUCCCUCCCUGGGCAGGGAUGCUCUGGAUGUGCAGUCUAAGCCAUGAUGCAAAAACAGAGUUGGCUUCCUUGCUUCAACCCCUGCCUGCACUUCUGUGUGCCCCGACCUUUCUGCUGCCACCCUGUCACCUGAGCAAGCCCAGCAGAGCUGCACGGUGUCCCCACGGGCAGCCAGCCAUCAGCUCCUGCUUCCCCCAGGAUAACCAUGUACUUUCCAAAUAUAUUGAUUUUCUCUGCCUAUGAUAUUUGCUAGAUUAAAAUCUCUGUUCCUCUACCAAGUUUAAUGUCUUCUGCUGUGCAUUUUAGAAAAGUACUUGAUAAGGUGGAAAAAACCAAGCUUUUAAUUAUGGGAUGCACCUAGCAGUUGGGGCUUUUUGAACUGCAUGAACAUAUGGAGAAGGAAGAGGGUUUUGCAUGUUGGAGAGCAUCUUUGUAAACUAUCCUUGACUUGUAAGACUGUUCAGUUUUACUGGAGUUUGUAUGCAUUUUACUUUUGUAAUUUUUUAAAUGAUUUGAUAGAAUUUUAGGGCAAAUUCUACAUUUUGUAUGCAAUAUUCCGAUGUGGUCUAUUUUUAUUUUUGAGAAAAUAAUGUUGAAAGCACUAUAUACUUGUCAAUGUAAUGUAUCCACCAUGUCAUUUCUAUUUAAAACUGGACUCUGACCAUGAAGUGCGUGUUAUUUUACGUACUGGUUGUUGCACAUUAAAGAGGUUACUCAGA